AUGGCCUCCGUUUCUGAAAAAGUCCCUUCUCAUUCUUCUGCAAAAUAUGUGACUAUUCUGAGUAUUGAUGGAGGUGGUGUUAGAGGCCUCAUCCCUGCCAUCCUUCUUCAGUUUCUAGAAACCGAGCUUCAGAAAUAUGAGAAAAAUGCAAGGAUCGUAGAUUACUUUGAUGUGAUUGCAGGAACAAGCACAGGAGGACUCGUUGCCACAAUGUUAACAGCUCCUCAUCCAAAUCACAAAACUCGUCCUUUGUUCACUGCUUCUCAAGUCGUUGAAUUUUACAAAACCAAAUCUCCUGAGAUUUUCCCUGACGGACAUGCACUUUGGAAAAAUAAGAUCUUAGAUUUAAUGGAAGCCGUGACAGAACCCUAA